UAAGCCAUCCAAUGAAAUGUUAUUUUCUUUUGUACAAACGAUCUGUGUCACAUGACAAUAACAUGGCGAAAAAUGAGGAGGUGGGACUCCAGUUGCUGAAGAAGAUAGAUGUAAAAUCUGCCACAAAACUUCUCCAUGGUUUGGUGGAUGGUUUCUGUAAGAGAGGACACCUUCAUUACCAUGAGUAUGACCAAACAUGGUCUCUAGAGGAAUGGUGGGCCCUGAAUGAGGCUUGGGAAGGCCUGGUCAAGGCAGCUGUCAGAGAAUCACUUAACAAAGACCAGAUUUUACAGAGAUUGGGCAGUGUGCCGGAGGAAUAUCAGUCGGUGAUUGUGGACGUAAUAAAUGCCAGAAGGUCAGAUGUCCACCACCAACUUAUCGCUGACACAAAUUUCAUCUCAAAAUCCACACUGAGGGACUUUGAUUGGCAAGUUAAAUUAGCAAUGGCCAGUGACAAGUUGUCAUCCAUCCAGGAACCUUUGUUGAACCUUGACCUCGAUGUUCAGACUGAGGCUUCCACGCAAACACACUCGCUCGAGAUGACACGGGAGGACCUAAAAAACCUUAUCACAAGUUUGGAAGGAGCGAAUCGGGUAUGUCUUUCUUGUGAAGAUUAGGUGAAGUCAGUGGUUCUUCAGCAGUGGAAAACAUGAUAAACCUUAUCACCCUACCAAUGUCGCUGGAUCUUCCAUAGUCGCAGGAACCGGUCACAGGGAAUGGACUUUAUGAUAACAGAUUUUGACGGAAGUUGACUCGGAAACAAUUUGUGUUUAACAUUUCCUUAUACUCAGUGCAAUAAAGAAGUAAAAAUGUA